AUCCUUACGCCAAACGCCGAGCGCCGGGAAUCUGCCGUCAGAGCGGUCACACUCUGUCCGCGCAAAACAGAGUUGAGCGGCGCAUUCGUUUCUUACGUCUUUCUGCAUGAUCAUGAUGAAACAACACGUACACCCUAUUUUCGACCACAAAGAGUUACUACACUUCACUCUUACGCACUUAUUAAAACCAUAUACGAACAUAAACCUUCGAUGAUCGAUCGGCUCAGAAUUGUUUCUCGCUACCACCGCUAGGGGAUUCUUUUCGGCUUCUGGUUGGUCAAGAGAGCAUGCCAAGCCCUCUUUCCGAGUCUGCCGCACGCCCUGGCUCUGCCCGCACCUCCCAUUGACCAAACUCUCUACAUAUACGGCUCUGGUUGUAGCCGAGUGGCAGCGACGAGAUCUGCGUGUAGAUGUCCAGGAAGGCGUUGCCGUCCACGUCGUACAAGUAAUUUCCGAUGGAUUUCUCGUAGUCCACGAACAUCUGCACGGCGCCCGCAUUCUGGAUGCCGUUGAGCUCGCUCUUCAGGGCCUCUGACUUGGGUCCCGGGAAGGAGGACGUAAGCAGCCGGGGUUCCGUCGGUUCCGCCGCAGUGCUGCUGCCGCCCCAUCGGCGCGCGACAUAAGACUGGCGUCUGCUAGCGGCAAGCAGACACGCGCCGAGGCAGCGCGACACCGUCGCUGGCACACUGUUGAGCACGCGAUGCAUCUUCGGAACGUUCGCCGAGAAGCUUGUGGCUUGGGCAGAUGUUCUGGGGUUUAGGGAACAGGAUGCUGGCGGCGAUCUUCUUUUUCAGUACGGUUCCACUGCGAUCGACGACACCGAAACCAGCGCAUUUAUGCGCAGGCUAUCGGGCCAGCGCUGAUCGGGCGUAGUUAGAUCAGGGACGUCCGCUAGGGCAGCUCCGCGGCGCUGUUGUCGGGAAAUGGCAUUCUCAAUGCCGUUUCAAUUGGAGCCUCCGAGGAAGCAUUUGUCGGGCUGCUGUGAGGAAUAUGUAUGCCACAUUAAUUUCGUCCGAGAUAUUCGUGCGCUAAACAAGAGUUAGUUUAAAAGGCAUGGGUGUAUUUACUUACAUCCGUACUGCUCCACAGAGGAUGCGCACUGACAAUAUUAGUAUGAUUUAAUCGACGUUAUAUAUAACCACGAAUGUCGAAAAACAAAAGGCCGAAAGCGAGUAUGCGAUUGUUUAAGCUCCGCAUUCAGCGCGAACUUUAUGCCCUUGCUAACAGAAAUGUGAACGCGCAAGCACGCGCAGAACAUGAGUGAAAACGGUGAAAACCAACGAGGUACCAAUCCGCUUUUCGAGGGUACAAUAAAUUCAACAUGCUACUUCUACAACGCUGCAAAAAAUAUCGCCAAAUAUCAAACGCAGAUACUGCUCGGUAAAUAUAAUCGCGAUGUUCCGCUGGAAAGCGAGCGGUCAGGGGGGUCAGGGUCCCGUGACGUAGACUAUCGCACUACUGUAUUUUCUAUUUUAUUUUCGAGUCCUUUUAGAAGUAACACGACUUUUGACUGGGCUAGUUUGUUGCUAUUAGACAUAAUUAAAAUAGCGAGAACUUGACAAGGAAAAAGAAGGCACACGUCUGGCGUUGCGCCAGUCCUGUCGUACGUGUACAUUUUUUGUCCUUGUAAAGUUCGCGCUAUUUUAACCAUGCCCUUAGAUGAUUUGCCUGGUGUAAUGGCCUACAACGUCCUCCGUCCCCCUUGCCCGUCCCCAACCCUUGUUUUUUUUACUAUUUUACAUUAAUAAAAAAAUAACUAGCAAUAAAAAUGUCAUCGUAUGCACCCACAUCUUUGUAACCGCAAUUUAAAAAAAAAAAAUAAAGAGAGGUUUAUGUUGAAUAAAAAUAAGAAAUCUUUUUCUCGAUAUUAAACCGAAACUAAGACGCACUUUUGACUCUGACUGGUAAAAUUUGUUUCUCCAAAGUAGAUGACAAAACUGUUUUGUUUCGCUUCAUUUUAAAGCAUUAAAUUUUUUUUUUGUCAAAAUUAUAAUUUAUUUAAAACAGGCACCAUCUAACUUCUGCCUCUCAGCAAGUGGCUGAGAGGCCGAAGACGCUGGAAACCCUGAUAACCUAUCAGCGCCAUGCUGUGUCCGAAAUCGAAACCAAAUCGCUCCUUUCGCUUCUGUACCAUCUGUACUCUGUACUUGCAAAGCCGCUUGAGCACUUGAGUGACUUCACUACUUGUGCUAAUUGUGCUGUGCAGACAACCGGGUGAACCUUUAGCGAAGAUUAGGUUACUCCUGUGGACCUGUGAUUUUCUUAAUUGAAGUCUGGAUUCUCAAUAGGUGUUUAGCUAACAACUCCGAGGGCAGGGUUGGCGAUGGAGGCGUCAGGUUCGAGUCUCUUUAGCCGGUUUGUUUGGAUCGGUUUGCUGCUGCUGGGAUGUGCAUCUUUGGCUGUUCACGCGCACCGCAAGGUGAAGUUGAGCGACGUGAAGACGUUAACGCUGAGUCACGGAAGCUACACCACGGGUCGGAGGUCUAGUCCCAUCCCACAGCUGCAAUGCGUGGGUGGCAGUGCAGGCUGCACCAGUCUUCCGCCAACGGUGCAGUGCUAUAACAAGGGCAGUGACGGCAUUGACAUCCAGUGGGAGUGCAAGGCAGAUCUGCCCAAAUCGCUCAAGUUUGGCCACAUUGAAGUUGCUUGUGAAGGGUACGACUACCCUGAUGACCCCUACAUUCUACAAGGGUCAUGUGGAUUGGAGUACAAGUUGGAGAGAACUGGCCACAGUUACGGCGAAGACAGCCAAUCACACAGCUACUACGGCCAGAAAGGGAAGUCUUCGUCCUUCCAGAAUGUGUUGUUCCUCGGUGUGCUCUGCUUCAUCAUCUACGUCAUCUACAAGAGCUGCAUGACCAACGCGGCGCAGCGUGGCGCGGACGGCUACACGGACAUUCCUCCUGACGAUCCCACCUCUGGACCGAGCGGACGUCGAGGGUUCUUUGGUGGCGGUGGGUCACCGCCGCCACCCGGAUUCAGGCCAGACUACCACACCGACGCCAGUUGUGGAAGCGGAGCGGGGCUUGGAGGCCGCGGAGGGUCUGGCCUCGGAGGAUUCUGGUCCGGCGCCGCCGCUGGAGGACUGCUGGGAUAUAUGUUUGGAAACAGGGGGAAUACCGGGUAUGCGUCGUCUGGCUUCGGCUACCCCCGUGAAGGCACCUUUUCAUCGGCGCCGAGUUUCUCUUCUUCUUCGUCUGGAACGUACAGCUCAAGCGGGUUUGGAGGGACACGCCGAAGAUGAAGGCUUCUCCAAAGAUGUGUUUUUUGCGAUCUCGUCAAUAGUCGGAUUCAUAAAUUAUUGAGCAUGUUUCCUCUUCACAUGUCAUCAAAUGUACAAAUGCCAGAAAAUAAAGCCACCUUUUACAUUAAA